AUGGCGCUGAAAGCGAAGAAGGAAGCUCCUGCCCCUCCCAAAGCCGAAGCUAAAGCGAAGGCCUUGAAAGCCAAGAAGGCAGUGCUGAAAGGCGUCCACAGCCACAAAAAGAAGAAGAUCCGCACAUCGCCCACCUUUCGGCGGCCCAAGACCCUGCGGCUACGAAGGCAGCCUAAAAACCCCCAGAAGAGCGCGCCCAGGAGGAACAAGCUUGACCACUAUGCCAUCAUCAAAUUCCCCCUGACCACCGAGUCAGCCAUGAAGAAGAUAGAAGACAACAACACGCUUGUGUUCAUUGUGGAUGUCAAGGCUAACAAGCACCAGAUCAAACAGGCUGUGAAGAAACUCUAUGACAUCGAUGUGGCCAAAGUCAACACCCUCAUAAGGCCCGAUGGAGAGAAGAAGGCGUAUGUUCGGUUGGCUCCUGAUUAUGAUGCUCUGGAUGUUGCCAACAAAAUUGGAAUCAUCUAAACUGAGCCCAGCCGGCUAAUUCUAAAUAUACACUUUUU